AUGGCCUUGGCUGCCCUUUGGAACCCAUCUACCAGAGAGUUCAAAAUCCUUCCUCAAUCCACAGUCCAACGCCCUCCUGCAAUAGAUUACACUAGUUCUGAUUGCCUUGGUCUUGGGUAUGAUUCUGAAACUGAUGACUUCAAAGUUGUAAGAUUUGUUAUUAAUUUCUUUGAAGAGAAUCUAGAUGAAGGGUUGAUGGCAGAUUGGAUCGAGCAAGUUGAGUUAUAUUCCCUUAAAAGUGAUUCAUGGAAGGAAAUUUCAGUUCCUGGGGCAAGUGGGGAUUAUAAACUUAUUCUUUCGUUUGAUAUGGUUAAUGAAAAGUUUUCAACUUUACCACUGCCUGAAUUUGGUGGGACUUUAGCACAAUGUUAUUUGGAACUUUUGGACUUCAAUGGAUUGCUUGGUGCUAUUUUAUACCCAUGUGAAGGAACUGACAAGUCUUUUGAUUUAUGGGUUAUGAAUGGAUCAUGGACUAAACAAUUCAGUGUUGAAUCUGUUCCUGGAGUUGAGAGGCCAUUGGGGUUUUGGAAAAAUGGCGAAAUGUUUCUCGAGAGCUCUGAUCAUGAACUGGUGUUGUUUGACCCCUCCACACGAGAGAUUAAAAAUCUCGGUAUCCAUGCUGAUCGGGAAACAAUGCGGAUUGUUGCUUAUGUUGAGAGCUUGGUUCCAAUAAAUGGAAGACAAGAGCAUGAGGAAAGUAUAGUUCGUCGGCCAGCUGGAGGUGCAUCAAAUUGA